AUUAACUAUAACUAUAUAUGUAUAACUAACUAUAUAAGAUGAAUACGCUAUAUAGUAUUAUUAUAAAGCGUAUUAAUGUAUACUGAUCGUAAAUUUAAUUAUUUAAAUUUGUACUCGACAGUUAAAGCUAUUCAAGAAUGUAUACAACUGAAGAUGGUAUACAAAGACCUUCAGUAAAAAAAACUUAUACAUGCCCAACGUUAUCCACGUUUUUAUUUUAUUGUGCAAUUGUUGUGGUAGGUCUUGCGAUUUAUUUACCAAUUGAUAUGAACUAUGGUUUUUUGCAUUUAAUAAAACAAUUCGACUUGUCUUCUCCUAAAAAUCUAAGUUUUCAUACAUAUAUGUUAAAUAAAUUAGGAUGGGUAAAAUUAGACAACACUAAAAUUUGGUCAAAGGAAGAACUUUCUAAGUUUACAGGUGAUGUCGGAGAAGAUUUAUAUAUAUCAAUCUUAGGUAAAGUUUUUGACGUUUCCAAAGGUUACAAACAUUAUGGAAAAGAUGGAGCAUACAAUUUUUUUACAGGAAAAGAUGCUUCAAGAGCAUUUGUUACAGGAGAUUUUUCUGACUCUGGUUUGGUUGAAAAUAUAGAUAAUUUGAACCCAGAUGAUUACCUAGGCCUAUUAAAUUGGCUGGAGUUGUAUGAAAAAGAAUAUAAAUAUGUUGGAAAGCUUAAUGGUUAUUUUUAUGAUAGUGAAGGCAUGGAGAAAGAAGGCCUGAAAAUAUUUUAUGAUGGUGUCAGUAAAGGUAAAAAGAACAAGUUGUUAGACGAAGAAGAAAGCAAAUUGUUUCCUAGUUGCAAUUCUAAAUGGACACCAGAAACUGGUACAAAUGUGUGGUGUGCAAAAAUUAGUGGUGGCAUAUCACGUGAUUGGAUAGGCUUUCCUCGACAAUUUUUUAAACCAGGACAAACAAGUUAUAGAUGUGCAUGCGUGAAUGAAAAGUACCUUAACGAUCCGAGAUUUAAAGUAUACACUGGAUGUGAUCCGUAUGCAACAAUUUGUAAAAUUUCUGAUUAAAAUGAUAUUUUAUAUUUUCUAUAUUAAUAUUAAUAUAAAAUAUUAUAUGUUAUGUAUGUGUAUAUCUUUUGUUAAAUAUAAUUUAUUUAUAUGGAAUUUUUGAAUAAGAAAAUACUUUAUAAAUUUUGUAACAAAAUGGGGUUUUUAUAUUUGGUUUUUACAUGUCUUUUUGAUAGGUGUCUAGGAAGCUUAAAUUUCCAGAUCCUAGCUUUUUGAUAAAAGUUAAUCCCUUCACGAAUACGAAUAAACUGAGGAGAGAAUUUCUAUUACUUUGUUUUUAUUCUUUUUUAUUUUAUUUUAUAUUGGUUUAAACACAUAGUGUUGCGCAUUUAUAUCAUUUCUGUAAGUUUAGAUCAGAAUCAUGAAUAUUCUGUUAAUGGUAACAUGUGACCCAGUAUAACUUGCCACGUAUCCUACUGUCAAUUAAACUUGCUCUUGGAAAAGA